UUGGUAUUCACUCCCGCUCUUUCGACUAUUUGCUGCCCAUACUUUCCCCCAAAUUUCAACUCUUCUUCUCCCAUUUACCAAAACCCUAGCAAACGAAAUGUCGAAUUUUCGACGAGAAAUACGAAUUGAUAUGAGUAUUUGAAGUUGUCCAGCUGAUACUGGUAUUCUAGGAUACUUUGGGGCGGAAUUCGUUCACUCAAUUUUUACUUGUAAGCCUGUUGUAAUUCUCGUUGAGAGACUGUCCAGGUGCUUAUUUGUGUGAUGGAAGGUGGAGAGGUUGUGGUGAAUGGUGGGACUUCGAAUGGCUAUGUAUGUGGUGUUGCAUGUGGAAAUGGGUUGGGACAAGUGUGUAACGGGAAUGGGCUGAAGCAGGUGUAUAGCGACAAUGUGUCGGGAGGAACCAGUGUUUCGGAAGACAUGAAUGGAAAUUUAGCUGAGGUGGUGUUGGAGGAUUGGGAGAAUUAUUGGGAAGAUGUUAGUGACCGGUUAAUGAUUUCGCGGAUGGUUAGUGAUUCUGUUAUCAAGGGAAUGGUGACUGCUGUGGAGCAAGAUUGUGCGAAACAAAUUGCUGCAAAGGAACUUGAAUUGGCCAUUUUGAAGGAGAGAUUGCAGUCCCUUGAGGUGGGUCCAGAUGAGUGUGAGGAUGUAAGGUUGCCUAUUGCUCAGAAAGAAUAUCAUACUGGGAAAUCUUGUUCAACCAGGGCCUGCAAGACACAUGAAGAUAUGAGGGGUGAAUUGAAUGCCUUAAGGAAUCUGGCGAGAGAGCAGUUCAAGAAGGUUAAAAAGGAGAUUCACUGUGCUGCUACAGGAUCUAAUUCGGUCAAGAAGACCAGUUCGGGAUCUGAGUUGGUGGGUUUGGGUGGAAUAUUGCACGAGAAGCAUUCAGAAAGCUGGGAUGAUGUGAAUAAGACACUGCAAUGCCUAAAUACAACGUUUGAUAGUGUAUGCAAAAAGGUGGAUGAUAUAUUGAUCUGCCCCAAUAUCUCAUUUUGUGAAUCUCAGCAAGGCGAUAAGUUCUUGACAAAAGUUGAGAAUGUAGUUACACAAACAAUGUUUAGGAGUCCUCGAGAGGAGUUUGAAGAGAAAUUGGAAAAAGAUUAUAAACUUUGUGGAAUACAAGACAUGAAUUGGCUCGAAAAGUUCAAUGACGUAGCUUCUUUAGGAACCAAGUUAGAAGCAAUUCAGAAGUCGCUCUCCAUGCCUGAAUCAGAGCUAGUUUCUCAUGGAUCUAAUGAUUUGGACAAUUUUCACCCUAAGGCUUUCGGCAAUCAUGUGACUCGGCCAACCUCACUUUAUGGAGAAAAUGGGACAGUGGAUGAACCAAACGUCCAUGUAGCAGAGAGUUAUGAUUUUCAGCAGCUGAAACACAUGUCUAAGGAAGAAUUGGUGACUUAUUUUUCCAAUAUUAUUACUAAAAUUAAGAGAGACAACGAGUCAGAUCUACAUCAGUUGACUGAUAAAUAUUACAUUCUGAAACGGGAAUACCUAAAAAUGAAGGGGUCUUUCGUGGCACACAUGAAAUAUGAAGAAUUUGAUGCGCUAAGGAAAAAGAUUGUUCAAGUUAGUUCCAAAUUGGAGAACUUCCUCUCAGAAAAUGAAAGAUUCCCUGCAUUAACCAACAGUCUUCAAAGUUGGGAAAAUGUGAAGCAUAAACUAGGGAGUCUUCUGUCUGAAAAUAAUCACUUGAGAAAUUGUCUCAGUGACAAGGAAAACGAGGUGAAGUGUCUAAAAGAGCAAGUAUCAAGUGCUGCUUCAGAAAUCUUGCAGCAUUCUUUAGCUGAGCAAAACUUUCUAAAGCUUGUGGAAAGCCUCCAAUCCACUUUAGAAGAAUCAUGUAUAAAAGCUUCACUCAGUGAAGAAAUAUAUAAAUCUGUUCUCAGGGAGCAGAUUGCACAGACCAGAUUCAGUUCUGAAGACUUGGAGAUGGAGUUGCUGAUAACUCAAGAAAUUUCUGAUAUCAUUCUCAAGGAAGCUGCUAUUUCUGCCGAAACUGCAAACGAAUAUGGAUUUGAAGAUUCAGAUAUUGAGUCAUUGAUAAUGCAAGGGUAUGCCUCAUUCAUAUUCACAGAGAUUAUCAGGGAUGUAGUGCAGCAGCUGGACAACUUGCACCAGAAAGCUGUUAUCAAUGAAGAAAAAGUAACUUGUUUGGAAAGAAAAUCUUUUGAAAAGGAAAAUGAGUUAAGGCUGGAGGUUGAGGAGAAGGAUAAAUUAAAGCAGGAGAUACGGGAUCUGAGCUUUGCAAUGAAACAUAAAGAGAGGUUAGCAAUGGCUUUGUCUGUUUCAUUGUCAAAAGAGAGAGAGCAGUUUGAGCUAGCUUCUAAAGACCUUAUUGCUUUAAGAGAACAUGCUAGUCGGGAACAGACAUUGGUUACUGAACAUCUACAGAAGAUUGAAGUAUGUAAAUUGGAAAUGAAUAAGCUUGACCAAAAGCUUGCUCAAACAGAAGCAGUGUUAACUGAAGUUGACAGGGAGAGAAGCACAGCAUUUACUCUUAUCCGAGAAUUGAAUGAUAAGUUAUCAUUAAGUGAAGCUAGAGAGCAGACAAUAAAAAAGGAAAUGGAAAUGGCUGCCAGUAGAUUCUCAAAACUCUUUGCUGAAUUUGAGUGGGCAGUGUCAGGGGCAAUAAAAAGCACUAGCUCAAGGCUCGAAGAUGCCAGUUCUCACUUGAAAGCUAUUACUGGGAUGGCUAAUGAGCUUAGAAGAUCAGAGCUGAUGUACAAACAGAAGCUGGAGAGGGGAAAUACUGAUCUCAAAAUGGCCGAGUCUGAGGUUGAUCUCUUGGGGGAUGAGGUUGAUGCUUUGUUGAGAUUACUUGAAAAAAUCUAUAUUGCCCUCGAUCAUUACUCUCCAGUUUUAAAACAUUACCCUGGGGUCAUUGAGAUCCUUGAGCUGGUCAAGAGAGAAUUAAGUGGAGAAUCUACUAUACUGUCGUGAUAUGCUCCAUAGCAAGAUCUCUUCCUAGAGACUGACAAUCUGAGCUGGCUGGUGCAAUUUACAUUUACUGGGUAGUUGUAGCUGAAGUUGGCCUCAUCAUAGACCCGUAGAUAAGGCAGGAGCCUUUUUUUUGUAGUGCACGAGGGCAAACAAGGAACGUCAAGAACCUGAGAGAGAUUUCUGGUUUGCCUCUAGUCUUAGUUUAGUCUUUAUGUCGUCAUGUAAAAUGUAAAUGAUAGUACCAUGUAAAUCUUUUGGCCGUUUAGUUCAGUUUAUUGACCAGGCUCUCACUUAUAUU